AUGAAGAAGUGCUUGGGCUCACAUUAUAUUUUAAAAUCACUAUCAGAAACUAGAUGGUCUGCUCGAGUUGAUGCUGUUACUGUCUUGUGUAACGGUUACAAGGAAAUUUUAGAUGCUCUAAAAACAAUUAAAAUAGAGGAUAAGACUUCACCGGGUGUUAAAAACGAAACACAUGGUUUAAUUAAGAAAAUGGAAAUGUUGGAAAAUAUUGUUCUUACUGAAAUUUGGAGUAAAAUCUUAUCAAGAAUAAAUGAAACAAAUAAAAAUUUACAAAAAGAAAACAUAACCAUUGACGUCGGUUCAAAAUUAUUUGAUUCCCGUGUUGGUUUUCUAAGUGAAAUUAGAGAUGAAUUUUAUAAUUAUGAAUCUGUCGCUAGAGAAAAAUUUCCAGAUUCAGACUAUAAAGAUUUACAUCAACGAACUAAAAAGAGGAGUAUUCAUUUAACAUUCCAACAGACCAACGAAAAUAUAUCGUUUUCAAACACAAAAGAAAUACAAGUCCAUUGUAAAAUAUUUGCGGAAUUUUAUCAUGUAGACAUUGAUGAAAAUGAAUUAAUUUUAGAAAGUAUACAUUUAAAAGCAUAUCUAUCGGAACUUGAUAUUUCUGAGUUCAGUAUUUUUAGUACAUAMAAAUGUUUAAAAUCAAAUGGACUAGAAGAAACAUUUCCAAACAUAAUGAUAUCUUUCCGAAUUUUUUUAUCAAUGAUGAUUACCAACUGUAGUGGGGAACGUUCAUUUUCCAAGUUAAAUUUAAUUAAAGAAGAGCUUAGAAGUACCAUGAGUCAGAAACGAUUAAACUCCUUAUCUUUAAUGAGUAUUGAACAUGAACUACUAUCAAGUUUAGAUUAUGAAAAUAUUAUAGAAGACUUUGCAAAUGAAAAAGCUAGGAAGAAACCAUUAAAGAGUAUUUAA